CGCCGGCCCAACAAGGCUGUGAAGAAGGCGGCGUGCGCAGGGUGUAAUGGCAAAGCCAACGGACGCCACAGAACGGGCUGGACCAAGGGCGGCUCAAAGGCGCCUCUCGGUUGCAUCUAUAUUCAGAGGUAGCGCCGCGCAUGACCCUUCCAACGUAAGGGUUAUCUGUUAAACCUAAACCACUUUUAUCCUUGUUUCGUUCUAGUGUGAUUCGUGAACACACCAUGACGAAGCACCGCGAAAGCAAUGCGUCAGUCGACGAGAAGAAGGGAGACGUUGAAGCAAACGGUGGUCACUAUGAGGAUAUUCCAUGGACAUUAACCCGUCUUGUGGCCGUUGCAGCACUAUGUAUCGUCUAUGUCGGUUCACAAAUGCUGCUCUACUUUGUGUCACCAGCGCUCGACUUCAUCUCUGUUGACUUGAACACGUCCAUUCCCAAUUGGCUCUUGACUGCCAACACACUCGCCGUAGCUGCUAUCUGCCCUUUUGUCGGCUACCUCACAGACAUGCUGGGUAGACGCUGGAUGGCCGUAUUCGGCACAGUUUGUCUGCUAAUUUCUAGCAUUGUCAUGGGAGUUGCCAAAUCGCUUGCUACAGGCAUCGUUGCCAUGACCAUUGGCGGCAUUGGAGCUGGCAUCUGUGAGCUGACUGCUCUAGCAGGUGUUGCUGAAAUCUCACCCCAGCGAUGGAGAGGCGUCACAUUGUCAUGUGUUACGUUUUCCAUUGUCCCGUUUAUGCCGGCAGUUCUGUACGUUGUGCUUUGCCAGCAAGCCUCGACAUGGAGAUGGACAUUUUGUAUCUGCGGCAUCUGGAACUUUAUCGGAUUCAUCGGUAUCGUGCUCUGCUACCGUCCACCUCGCCGCGAGAAUUCGCUGGGUCUCACGACAUCUCAAAUCCUCAAGCGCAUCGAUUAUGUUGGCGCUUUCCUUUCCAUUGGUGGUGUGACGCUGUUUCUCGUCGGCUUACAAGCUGGUGGCUAUCAGUACCCGUGGAUGGACGGGCGUGUGCUAGGCCCGUUGAUCUCAGGCAUCAUCUUGCUGAUUCUGUUUCCGCUAUGGGAGGCAUUCGGUCCACACGAGUACCCAAUGGUGCCGUCGUCCAUCUUUCGAGGCCAGAGAGUGGUGGCGCUGGCCUUCAUCAUUGUCUUCAUCGCGGGAAUGGAGUUUUACUCCAUUCUUGGAUUCUUCCCGGUCGUUUUACAGAACGUGUACCAUACAAGCGCGAUUGAGUUGGGAGUGAGAGCUUUGUGCUAUCCCAUUGCCAUUCUGGUAGGCGCCUGUGUUGUUAGUGCUGCCAUGUCCUACACCGGAGGUCAUGUUCGUGUGCUUUUCUUGACCGUCGCAGUCAUCAUGACGGCGUUUACCGCAGCGCUUGUCGCAUCGACACCUGAGAACCCUGGAUUUACUAUUGCUAUGGCCACCUUGGCAGCCUUUGGAAAUGGUGCCAUGGUGGUCCCUGCAUUGACGUUGGCAUUGUAUGCCUGUCCAGAUGAAUACAUUGGUACAACCACUGCUCUAUCCCUGUCUUCAAGGUUUGUUGGAGGCUCUGUUGGAACGACAAUCUACUUUUCUGUCUUUCACGACAAGAUCUCGGCCAUUCUUCCCAAUGCCCUUGUAACUGCAUCCAUUGGUGCCGGCCUGCCCAAGGAGAAUGUUGUGGAUUUUGUCACUGCGAUGGCAUCACCAGCAUUUGAUUUGCUAGCACCCCAGAUCCCUGGCUCAUCGCCGAGCAUCAUUGCAGCGGCAACAAUGGCGCGACAGUGGGCCUUUGCGGACGCGCUCAAGUACGUCUGGUACACCACCAUUCCGUUUGGAAUCAUCAGCUUUAUUGCAUGCCUAUUUCUACCGAAUAUUAAGAAAUACAUGACAAAUCGUGUUGCCGUGGAUAUCCAUUAAUGGGCUCAUUGAGUGAGAAAAGAGGAGAGCUUAUCGUUCAUGGGCGAAGUGAAUUGCUGGAUAUUUUGCAGACAACUCUUUCGGUAAUGAUUCAUAUAGAAGCCGCAGUAAUCAAGUAUAAUAAACAAUAUCUUUUAUUUUUCUG